GCUGAUCAGGACAGACGUACUCUUCUUGUUUCGUUGCCCAGCAAAGUUUGGUUUUUAUUUCACCCUCUCUCAGCAGUUGUCAACUUUUGACCUUUAUCUCAAAUUUUGGCCAGUUGUUGUUGUUGCCAUCCGUCAACUCGGGUUAUAUUAUUUAUAACUGACAGCUGUCCGUCUACAUUCGAUUCGCAGCUCUGCCCAGACUACAAGUGUGAACUUGCGACCAAGUUUAGUUUUUCAACAGCAAAAGUGCUAUCGUUAUUGAAUUUUGUGUCCAGCAUCGAGAGGCAGCAAAGGCCGUUAGCGAAACGCUGGACUCGCUUCUCGAACUGGCUUCUGAUCCCAGCACUCCCAGGACGACGACGACGACGGGCAGCAGCAGUGGUAAGAUGGUCAAAGUGGAGGGCCCCCAAUCUCUGCCACAACCGGCCAUGGCCCGCGCUCCGCCGUCCUUCUCCAUUUUGUCUCUCCUGCCGGAAACGGCCGUCCACCACCGCCACCACGAGACGGCCCCGUACCUGCACCACCAGCAGCAGCAGCAGCACCGGCCCGACUCGUCCACCUCCUCGACGGCCAUGAAGGAGAACGUGUACAGUGACAACAGCGAAGUGGACGACGUCUACACCGACGAGGAGCAGGACCUGGACGUCGAGGGCAUGGAGGCCGUCAGUCCCCUGCGCUCCGACGAGAGCGAAGAGGAGGCCAGUCUCAAGGAUCUCAACUGCUCCUCAGAGUCGUCCAGCACCAUCAACCUGAGCAGCGGAGGCGGAGGCAACAACAAAGCCGACAAGCCGUCCAGCAAGAGCCACAAGGGCGUCAAAGGCGAAACGGGCGACGAAGAGUGUGCGGAUGGGCCGACCAAGACGUCCAGCAAGAGUUCCAGCAGCAAUAAAAAGGACGGCCAAGACGAAAAGUCCAAGAAGAAUGAGAAGCCUCCGUUCUCCUACAACGCCCUGAUCAUGAUGGCCAUCCGGAGCAGCGCCGAAAAGCGUCUGACCCUCAAUGGCAUCUACGAGUUCAUCAUGAAGAACUUUCCGUAUUACCGGGACAACAAGCAGGGCUGGCAGAAUUCCAUCCGCCACAAUUUGUCGCUCAACAAGUGCUUCGUCAAGGUGCCCCGUCACUACGACGACCCGGGCAAGGGCAACUACUGGAUGCUCGAUCCGUCCAGCGACGACGUCUUCAUCGGUGGCACCACCGGCAAAUUGCGCAGGAGAUCCACCGCAGCUUCCAGGUCCCGAUUGGCCGCUUUCAAGCGCAGUUUCGGUUUCCCGUCGUUGGCCGGCUUCCCUGGUAUGCCGCCCGUCCAUCCCGGCAUGGCGGCCGCCGCUGGAUUCCACCCAGUGGCUCCCAAUUCGGCCCAUCAUCCGGGAUCCGUAGGCCAGCAUCCGCAUCAUCCUUACUCGACGCCGACGGGAGCCUGGCCCGGUCUGGCCGCUUCGCUCUGCAAUUCGGCGGCCGCUUUGUAUCGCUACAGCACGGCGGUGGGUUACGCGGCCUCGGCCGGCUACGGCAAUCUGCUGGCCCAUCCGGGCAGCCAUCCGUCGGCCCACCAUCCGUCGCAAGUGCCAACAGCUCUGGGCGGCGGCUUCAGUUCGCCGCUGGCCGGCAACAACAAGAUGGGCUCGAUCGGCUCGACUCCGCCAGCCCACCACCACCACCACCCGGCGCACAGCUUCUCGGUUGAGCGGCUGCUGGGCUCGGCCACUUCCGACUCGCCCGUCCGCCACUCGGCCAUGCCGCCCAGCUCGCAGCAGGCCAUGGGCAGUUCGCCUUUCGGCAUGCUAGGCCAUCCGCUGUUGCAACAGGCGGCCGCCUACGCCGACUUUUACGGCCAGGGCCAUCACCUCCGCUUCAACACGGGACUGAUGGGCAUGGGCCUACCACCGUCCGUCUCUCCCCAGCAGCAGCAGCAGCAGCAGCAGUUGGCCCGUUCCAGCUCGACCUCACCGCUGGCCGCCACUCCCACCUCGCCGCCAUUGAUCUCCAGGACCAGCUAGAAAAAUCCGUCAUCGCGACGGACAUCACCAAAAUGACCCAGUUGACACACACAUAAUUGACUUGGCCGCUUGCGGUCUUGGUUAACUUAUACAUAUGUAAUACCGGAUGGCUGGGUUCGAGCUUCUUCCUGUCCAUUUUUGUACAUUUCAUUGCGUCUCCUAUUCAAGAAGAUUAAGUCUUGAUUCGAAUUGUAAUUCAAUUCGAGUCUGCUCUCCAAUCUCUCCUCACCUCUUUAUCCUAAUUAUCAAACCAAACUCUUGAAUUAUGGUUUCCGCGUCUUCAACCAGUUCUAUUAUAUUAUUACCGAGUUCAAUGUUAUAUUUGAUUAAUGCAAGUAAAUGUGCUCCCUCGCGUCUGUGUGUGUGUCUCCUGUACGUAUUUGCAAAGACAAAGUUGAUAGAGUCUACCUAUUCAGUUGCCACUGUACUUGUACAUAAUUUAUAACGAUAUUAUUAAUUCAAACUCCUCCCUCUCCCCAAACAAAUGGAUAUGCGUGUCAUCUCAGAUCAAUUACAAAGCGUGU